UAUAUAAAACCCGGCCCCGUUAAGAUAGCUGCCGAAGGCUGGGAUAUAGAGGCACUGUUGAUUAUUCUUCGUGUGAUACAUGAACAAUACGAUGACAUCCCACAAGAGCUCUCCCUUGAGAUGCUCGCCAAAGUCGCCGUCGUACUUCAUUACUACGGAUGCAGGGAACUUAUGGUUGCAUUUACGGAGACCUGGAUGAAGGCCUUGGACAAAGACAUCGCUGAGACUUAUUGUCGAGACCUGAUGUUGUGGGUCUGGGUAACCUGGUGCUUCCGCGAGCCUUCCAAAUUUAGACUAUCAACAGCGAUUGCCAUGUCAUCGAGUGAAGGGUUGAUAGACGGUUGGGGGCUUCCGAUCCCCGAGAAAAUUAUCGAAUCAAUGAAUGAAGACAGACACAAGUUCAUCGAGAAGCAAGUCUCGAAAGUCUAUUCAGUCUUCGAGGACUUCACUUCAGGCCGCCAUCGGGGGUGCAGUUCUGAGUGCCAAAGUAGGGUGAUUGGAACUCUGACACGGUAUAUGAAAGACAUGCAUAUACUUGACCCACGGCCUACAGCCCCUUAUCAGGGACUGAAUUUCAAAGGUCUCACGAAUCAGAUCACGUCGUGCAAGUCCCCAGAGUGGCCUAAUCCGAUGAAGAAGAAUACGACAUUCGCCCGCUAUUGCGAGAACUCAUGUUUCUUAUCCGACUUUGGGUCUUUGACUAAAUAUAUUCCCGGGCUCGACUUGCCCACUUUGAUUAAGCAAGGAUAUCACUCCUAG